AUGGCUCACUCUAUCCCAAAGACGACGAAGCAGUGGAACGUCACCUCUCAGGACGGCCAGGGCGGCUUCAACGUACUGAAGCUUUCCAAUGCGCCGGUGCCUGAGCUUGGCGCUAGUCAAGUUCUCGUCAAGCUGCAAGCCGCAUCGCUCAACUACCGCGACCUCAUUAUUCCACUGGGCAAGUACCCAUUCAAGACGAGCCCCAACGUCAUCCCUGGGUCUGAUGGGGCAGGUACCGUUAUUGCCGUCGGGAGCCAAGUCUCUCGCUUCAAGCCCGGCGACAAGGUGGUUACCUUGUUCAACCAGGAGCACAUUGGUGGGCCACUGACCCCCGAAGCAGCCGGCUCCGGUCUCGGCGGAGCGAUUGACGGCACGCUCCGCUCGGUCGGGGCUUUCAACGAGCAAGGGCUGGUGCAUCAGCCCAAGACCUUGUCCGCCGUGGAAGCCGCGACGCUGCCCUGCGCGGGACUGACAGCGUGGAACGCGCUGUACGGCCUCUCCGAUAACCGGGUGACGGCGGGCCAGUGGGUUCUGACGCAGGGCUCUGGCGGCGUGAGCAUCUUUGCGCUUCAGUUUGCAAAGGCGGCCGGCGCCAGGGUCAUUGCCACGACAAGCUCCGACGCAAAGGCCGCCUCGCUCCGGGCGCUCGGUGCCGAUCACGUCAUCAACUACAGGGAGAAUCCCGAGUGGGGCGCUGAAGCGCGCAAGAUUACCGGCGGCGUCGGUGUCGACCACAUUGUGGAAGUCAUUGGUCCGAGUUCCAUGGCGCAGGGUCUCCAGGCGAUCAAGAUUGGUGGCGUCAUUAGCAUCAUUGGCUUCGUCGGCGGCGAAGCCCAGGUUCAGCCUGGCUUUCUCGACUGCCUCAUGAAUCUGUGCACGGCUCGCGGCCUCAUGGUCGGUAGCCGUGCCCAGAUGGAGGAAAUGUGCCGGGCCAUUGAGGCGAACCCAAAGAUGCUGCAGCCGGUAGUCGACAAGAAGCUGUUCAAGCUCGAGGACGUCAAGGCGGCAUACGAAUAUCAGUGGUCUGGCAAGCACGUUGGUAAAGUGUGCAUUGAGAUUGCGUGA